AUGACUUCCACUCGCACCUUUCUGGCCUUCCAGCAUGACGCUAGUCUCAAUACUCUGGAGACCAUUGUAACGGCCGUGUUGCCAUUUGAUGCCAUCGGAGACACCAAACAACUCUUCAAAGAUGCCACAGAGGAACACCAUGUCAUUAUCACCGAGAAAACCAUUUUCCACCCCCAAGGUGGCGGCCAACCCUCUGAUGUGGGCGUGUUGAAGAGCAAAUCUGGCACCUUUACUGUAUCCGCUGUUCGCAUGGACCCCAAUGGUCAAGUCCUUCACCUCGGUCUCUUUGACGGGGAUUCGGCUUCUAGCUUCAAAGAAGGCGAGACUGUUGAGCAGGCCAUUGAUGUGGAAAAACGUCUACUGUACUCCCGUUUGCACACUGCAGGCCACGUGCUAGGCGCAGCAGUCCGACAUCUAUUGGAAAAAGAGGUCGAGAAUUUCGACGAACUGAAGGCUUCGCAUUUCCCCGACUCGGCGGCAUGUGAGUUCCAGGGCUCAAUCGAUGGCAAAUGGAAGGAGCCUAUUCAAAAGAGGCUGGAUGAGUACGUCGCGGCAAAAAUGCCUGUUCAAAUCGAAUGGUGGGAUGAAGAGGAUUUCCGCUCGCGUGGACUGGAGCGGUUGAUUCCCGAUCGUAGCUUGGUGCCAGCAGGAGAAAAGUCGCGUGUCGUCAACAUCAUCGGGGCUGAAGUGUACCCUUGUGGAGGCACGCAUGUCGAUACGACCGACCUGUGUGGACCUGUCACAGUGAAGAAGGUCGCGAGGAAGCAAGGCAAUUCGCGUGUCAGCUAUGUGGUCAAAUGA